AUGUCUCCAAGAAUGAGGGAACAUUUAAGGAGUAAGCGCUCUGGUUCCAUAGUUGGAAAGGUCCUUAAGCAGUUGACCCAAAUUACUGGGAACAUCACGAAGGUGGUGAACAGGGAACACCGAAAUCCUGAGCUUGAUGCCUAUAGUGAAGUCUUUAAGAGGGUAGCUGCAGCUAAACCACCUGGUUACUUGGGAAAAGAGGACCCAACCAGCCUUGAAAACUGGAUUAGGGAGUUUGACAAGCUAUUUAAUGUUAUCAAUUGCCCAAGCAAGAUGAGGGUGAACAAUGGAGUUUACUACUUAAGGGAGGAAGCUGACUUAUGGUGGGCCCAAAGAAAGGAUGAGUUGCUAAAAAUACCAAACUUUAGGUGGAAUGAGUUCAAGGAAGCCUUGAGAGAGAAGUUUUACCCUUCCUACCUUAGAAAGCAGAAGUGUAUGGAGUUUACCAACCUAAGAAUGGGAAACAUGUCAAUCAGUGAAUACUACAACAAGUUCAUUGAGUUGAUAAGGUUUGCCUCGAAAGUAGUCCCUACUGAAACCAUUAAGGCUCAAAGAUUUGAGCAAGGCCUAACCUUGACCCUCCAAGGGAAGCUAGGGGGAGUGACUUUUGAGAUCCUAGAUGAAGUCUAUGGCCGGGUAACCCAUCUGUACGAAAUUAAGGGGAGGGAGAUGGAGCAGGUGGGAGAGAAAAGGAAGAACCCAGACUCUUUUGACGGGGGUAAAAAGAGGCACAAGCCUAAUGGAAAUUACCAAGGGAAUUCUGGAGAUAGGAGGGACAACAAGGGAAACUUUUGGAAGGGGAAUGGGGGAGAGUCAUCCAACCAUAAAGGGAAUGGGAACCAAAGGGGUGAGAAACCCAAGAGGAAGUAUUUCUGCAAGAGGUGUGAGAAAGACCACCUAGGGAAGGACAGUGAGGGAAACCCGGUAACUUGUCGUUACUGUCAGAAGUUGGGACACCGUGAGUAUGAGUGUUUCAAGAAGGAAACUGAUGUGAAGUCUGGGAAGAUGAAAGAGUCUAGUGCACCUAGUAAACCACCUCAGUAUAGUGGACCUACAACCAAGGCUGGAACCAGUAGUGGUGCGGGAGGUGCCCCAAAGGGUCGUCUGGCGUCGCAUUCUUUUAUUUCUAAGGAAGUAGUUGGGUGUCUCGGGUUAGAGAGUCCUGAGUCAGUUUCUCUAGAUGUGUCUAUACCAUCAGGGGAAGUGAGAAGUUGUUCGAGAUUGUUUUUUAGUGUGCCUAUUUCCAUCUCUGGAGUAGAUUUUCUGGCUGAUUUGAUCGAGUUUGACUUGAAUGACUUUGAUGUGAUUCUGGGUAUGGAUUGGUUGGGAAAGUAUGAAGCAAAAAUUGAUUGUGCAGCUGAAAAGGUCACCUUGACUAGCCCAAGUAAGACCAAAGUGGUGUAUAAAAAGGAAGGGAAAAGUUCAAGGUUGAGAAUUGUGUCUGCAAUGCAACUACAGAAGCUGGUUAAGAAGGGUUGUCCUUUGUUUUUGUGUAGUGUUCAAGCUGGUUAA